CAGAGGGAGGGACCGCCUAGGAAGCAGAAGCGCCGCAAGGAGCCUGCGGAGCACCACCGGCUGAGGCGCAGACACCCGCCGCUCCUCGCGUCCCCUCGCCCGGUCCCUGUCGCGCCCCUGGCAGCCCCCAAUCGUCUGUUCCCAGGCAGCAUGGUUAGGUCUGCUCUCGGGCCCUCGCCACCAUGUACGUGAGCUACCUUCUGGACAAGGACGUGAGCAUGUACCCAAGCUCUGUACGCCACUCUGGCGGCCUCAACCUGGCGCCGCAGAACUUUGUCAGUCCCCCGCAGUACCCGGACUACGGCGGUUACCACGUGGCGGCCGCGGCUGCGGCGGCGGCGAACUUGGACAGCGCGCAGUCUCCGGGUCCUUCUUGGCCCGCGGCGUACGGCGCCCCGCUCCGCGAGGACUGGAACGGCUAA